AUGACUUGGAGGCACGUACCGUCACGGCAGAAUCCGGCGGACAUCUUAUCUCGUGGAUGUACCCCUAUUGAGCUGAUGGAAUCAAAACUUUGGAGUGAAGGACCGCAGUCCGCACUCACUGAUUCUUCUACAUGGCCCGAUGACUCGCCCCCUGUCAAGGAACUUCCUGAGCGUCGACGCAGCGCAUUGGUGCUGUCGCAGGAAAUGGACAUCUCACACAGUUGCAAGUUUGGAAACUCGUUUUGGAGAAUGCAGAGAGUCUUCGGAUAUAUAUAUCGGUUCCUUCAAAGGGUCAGCAAGGAUCGAGUACGGCAUAAAGGAGAGCUUACAGUCGAGGAAAUCAACGGUGGGACUCAUCUACUUAUUAAAGGAAUUCAGCGCGUGCACUUUGCCGAGGAUCACAAAGCAUUAACCUUGAAGAUGAAGCUGUCGCCGAGAAGUGAACUUCUGUCCUUAAACCCAUUUAUAGAUGCAGGAGGUCUAAUGCGCGUCGGCGGACGCCUUCAAAAUUCGCAGCUGGAUUUCGAUGCCAAGCACCCUAUGAUUCUUCCCAAGUCUCAUCAUAUAACCUCAGCUAUCAUUGAUCAUUUUCAUCGCAAGUUCCUUCAUGCAGGAGCGCAGAGCUUGUUAGCCGCUUUACGACAGAGAUUCUGGCCCAUUGGAGGGCGAAAAACGGUUUCUGCUGUCAUCAACAAGUGCAUUCAAUGUUUCAGAUUAAAGCCCAAGCUAGUAGAACAUAUCAUGGCGCCGCUCCCGGAGGACCGAGUGCAGCCGAAUCGCCCAUUCGUCAUCUCUGGAGUGGACUUUUGUGGCCCCUUUUAUUCGAAGUCAGAGGUCAGAAACAGGCCCCCUACGAAGUGCUACAUAGCCAUAUUCGUUUGCUUCGUCAGCAAGGCCACACACUUGGAAGUCGUCGAAGACCUUUCAACGCAAUCGUUCAUAGCAGCCCUGAAGCGAUUUAUAAGCCUGAGGGGAAAACCUCAAACUAUUUGGUCAGACAACGCAACGAACUUCGUGGGAGCCAAAAACGAGCUAAUUGAGCUUCGGCAGCUGUUUCUGAGCGAUCCUCAAAACAUGGAGCUAUGGAAUUCCCUUACGUCGAUGGAGAUCCGCUGGAAUUUCAUCCCACCUCGUUCUCCGCACUUCGGUGGCCUGUGGGAAGCCGCGGUCAAAUCCGCAAAAUAUCAUCUCGUCCGUGUUGUUGGAAAAUCAAUUCUCACAUUUCAUGAACUGCGCACUUUAGUUUGUGAAAUUUCCGCAAUUUUAAACUCACGACCGCUCUGUCCCAUUUCAGAAAACCCAGAUGACAUUAGUGUUCUUACUCCUGCACACUUUCUCAUUGGAUCUACAUUCACUGCAAUGGAUGAGCCUGAUGUCACCCAUCUGAACAUCGAUCGCUUGAGCCGGUGGCAGCGCGUAUGCCAAAUGCAGCAAACCUUUUGGCGCAAAUGGAGCGCCGACUACCUUUCGCUUCUGCAGGAGCGGACUAAAUGGCGCCUUCCUGUGAGCAACGUACCGGCAGGCAGCAUGGUCCUCAUCAAGGAGGACAACGUACCCCCUUUGCGGUGGCGCCUCGGCAGGGUCGAGAGCACCGUCGCCGGAGAGGACGGCGUCGAACGAGUCAUACAGUCAUCCGAACCGACUCUGGACUAUGCAAGCGGGCAAUGA